UAAUUGAACUUAAGACUUGAAUCAUUUCUUAUAAAAGGUCCAAAGAACAUUAAUAUUAUAUAAAUUAUAAAAGGUAGAUGACAACUAUAUAUAUAGUUCAGAAAAUGUGUAUAUGCUAUCUCUUUUAUUUCCCUCUUUUUUUGUGUGUAAUUUAAGAAAGAGGAGGAAAAUUCUAAGAAGAAAAAAUGGAUUGUUGUGUGUGCACAACUAUGCCAUUAAUAUUAAGGCCUCCAAGGAAUACAAUAUGUGGAGCAUGCUAUGAAGGAGUUAGGACCAUAAUCAACAUGAUGAACGGUUUUGAAAGUGAGAAAGCAAAAACAAUCACUAGUCCAGUUGAUUCUCCGGUUUCGUGGCGAAAUUCGAGUAAGACACUUGAUGAUUGCAUAAGAUUGUGUUCAGAGCAAAUAGAACAGUUUAAUCAACAAAAACAAGAUUUGGUUUUUCUCAGAGGCUUUCUUGCUGCAUUCAAAGAACAAAUUCAUACAGAUAUAUUGAUUAGUCCAGGCAAUCAUGGUCCACCUAUUCCUGCACAUAAAUCCGUUUUGGCUGCAAGAUCAGAAAUUUUCAAGAACAUGCUAGAGUGUGAUGAAUGUAAAGCUGCACCAACUUGCAACACAAUAACUAUACCUGAUUUAAACCAUGAAGAGCUAGAAUCUCUAUUAGAAUUUCUCUACAGUGGAACACUGCCUUUGGAAAAAUUGGAGAAACAUGUGUAUGCUUUGUCCCAAGCAGCUGAUAAGUACAUUAUUCCACAUUUGUUGAAAUACUGUGAAAGAUUCUUGCUUAACUCACUAAGCACUUGUAAUGCAUUUGAGACACUAGAGGUUGCUGAUAGUUGUUCAAACCAAAAUUUGAAGGAGACAGCUUUUAAUUUCUUAGUUAAGAAUAUUGAGUUUAUGGUUUCUUCUCCUAAAUUUGAAGCUUUUGUGCAUAGGUGUCCACAUUUGACUGUGCAGCUAGUUUCAAGGGCAUUUAUGAAUGGUUCCAAAUAAUUGUUUGUAUUUUUGGAUUUGGGUUAUUCAUAUUUUGUAUUUAUUGAAAGAUAUUUUGAGAGAUUGUGAAGCAGAAUAAGAUGAUUCUUGCAUUGUUCUCAGUAAGGCCUUUCCUGUAAAGUUAGUCUCUGGUUUGUAUAGACAUGGUAUAUCCAUUUUUCUUAAUUGAAAAAAGACUUGUAACUGAUACAUAUAUGUGAUUUUAAUUUGGCCACCUUAUGCAUAAUCAAAAUA